CAUCAAAAUACUUGAACUCUGGACUUACUCGUGAUUCUAACUGCGUCACUCACACCAAACAUUAUCUGCCACGAACACCCGCCUAAUGUAAUACGUCAGGUUGCCUUUUGGGGUCGCGUGCAGGGCCGCUAUAGGGUGCCGGGAACUGCUGCUGGGUGUGUGUGUUAAAAGGAAGCCCUCCCUGCUGAACUCCCUCCCAGCUCCCUCCGACCAAAAGAGAAAGAUCAAGAUGCGUGUGUCCUGGAUCUCCGGAGUCGCCGUGCUGGUGCUGACUGUCGCCUUGGUGCACGCCGGGCCAGUGCCUGAUGAGGAGAGCAGCACCGGCUCCAAGACCUUCCACGCCAUCAGGCAGUUCUUCAGUCCUGUCACGAACUACUUCAGCAGCAUUCCCUCCAAAACACCAUCUGACAUUGCCGAUGACGUCAGAGGCACGGUUGACAAUGUGCGUGACUGGGCCAGCGAGAACGAGGCCAUCCAGGCACUGCGAGGCGCUCUCAACCCCGUCAGGGAUUGGAUCAAGGAUAAGGCCAAUGUCGUGAAGGACCAGACGUUCAGUGACAUGUACGACAACGUGAAGACCUCCAUGCAUAACAUUGACCAGAGAGUCGGCACGUGGCUGGAGGAGAACACAUCAAAAUAAUCUCCCUCCUCCACUUCCUUCAGUUCCUCCAGUUCCCUCCAUUUCCUCCAUUCCUAUCUUCUACCCCCAAGGAAACUACAUAGAUGACUAUAGUUUCUUAGUUUCCUGGUUUCCUUGCCUCUUCCCAAUGGAGACAUACCCCCUACCUCAUCCAUUCCUCUGUUUGUUAUGGUUUUACCCCCGAAGCAUGUAACAAAAUAAAUAUUAAUCUCUCUCUUCAAACAUAUCGACUACUUUUAACAGGUUCUUUUAAAAGUUAUGUUUGUAAGGGUGUUUUCGUGAUUCUAGUGACGGUUUGACAGGCAUUCUGCAUCAAGGACAGGGAGAAACACUCAUGAGAACAUUAUUAAUCAUCUGCGGCUUUAGAAAAAUAGUCGCAGUGAGGAAAUGAAGUGUGAAUAUGCUGCUUUUAAUCAUGUUCUCUUGGAGGUUAUGUUUGUAAGGGUGUUUUCGUGAUUGUAGUGAUAGUUUGACAGGAAUUCUACAUCAUUAGAACCCCCUAAUAAACAUCUGUAGCCUUUAAAAGUAGUCGUAGUGAGGGAAUGAAGAAGCAAUAUGCGGGGUGGUGUGGGGAGGUCCGCUCAAUACUUUCCUCGCGCCAGUACACAUUUUUAUCAUAUCAGUAAAUUAUAUCAUUAUUUA